CGGAAUUAAGAUCGAAAACCGCUGAAUAUUACGAGAAAUUAUCGUCGUGAAUUAUUAAAGUGACAUUGAAAUUUUGAAUAUUUGUAUCUCUUAUCUGUGGAUAAAUUUAAAAAAAAUGAAGUGAAAAAUAAAUUUUUGGAGACAAAAUUUAAAGUCUGUGAUAAAAAUAAGUGCUUUUAAUUAAUAAAUCUGAAAAAAAAAUUAAAAAAUGGGAAAAGAAAAAAUAAAAUGUCGCACAAUUUUAUGGUACCUGACGUUCGUCGGCAUGGCAGUGAACUACAUGGUGCGAAUCAACAUCAAUAUGACUGUUGUCGUGAUGGUCAAGCAACGUCUUAAUACCAAAUCCGCCGUCGAAACUGCCGAAUGUUUGACAAAAGAUCAAAUUUUGUUGGCUGAAAAAAAAUUCAACUCCACUUUGGACACUUUUAACAACGAUGUAAUUCCCAAAAUCACCGGAACUUACAACGAAAGUGAAUUUCCAGACACAAUAUUGCUCCCGCCAACGAAAAUGCAGAAGAAAGAAAUGACGGGCGGCUCCAUUGAAAAAAGCCUUCUUCGAUAUUUUGGGUUCAAAAUUGACGAAGCAGGUUUCGAUUGGAACGAAUAUGAACAAGGAUUGGCUCUGGGGUCGUUUUAUUGGCUUCAUUGGGUGACGCAAGUGCCUGGAGGGAUUCUCUCGAAGAAGUAUGGACCGAAACUCGUUUAUGGAGUUGCUAAUUUUGUGUCUUCGUUGCUGUGUUUUUUGAUGCCGAUGGCUUCUUAUUUGAGUUUUGAUGUCCUGAUUUUUUUGAGAGUGUUUCAAGGAUUAAUAACGGGAUUCGCUUGGCCCGCAAUGCAUACGAUGGUUGCAAGUUGGAUUCCGCCGAAUGAAAGAAGCAAAUUCGUAUCAGCUUAUCUCGGAAGUUCAUUUGGAGUUUUUAUCAAUUAUCCGCUUUUUGGUGCAAUUAUUUCAUCGAGUUGUUGGGAAAAUGUUUUUCAUUUUUGUGGGAUAUUUGGAACUGUUUGGUAUAUGGCGUGGUGCUACUUUGUCUAUGACACUCCAGCGAAACAUCCAAGAAUAGCUUAUGACGAGCGCCAAUACAUCGAAAAAUCUUUAGGGACAACAGUUCAGAAGAAAAAUUAUCCAACACCAUGGAAAGAAAUUUUAACCUCGCGAAUUGUCUGGAUGAUUGUAAUCGCCCAAUGGGGAGGUAUUUGGGGACUUUUUACUCUAAUGACGCAAGCUCCAACGUAUUUCAAGUACAUUCAUGGAUGGGAUAUCAAAAUGAGCGGAUUUUUGAGUGGCCUCCCACAUUUACUUCGAAUGUUGUUCGCGCUGCUCUUCUCAUGGCUCGGAGAUUACCUUUUGAGAAACGAAAAGAUGUCUCGAACUAAUGUACGAAAGUUUGGAACAGCUGUUUGUACAAUUGUCAAAGGACUCUUCGUCGUCGGUUUAGCAUAUUCAGGAUGCAAUUCCUUAGCAGCUAUUGUUCUCUUAACAUUAGCUGUUGGAGUACAUGGCUCCGUAAGUACCGGACCAUUAGCUGCUGUGGUCGAUAUUGCCCCGAAUUUCGCUGGAGUCACGUUAGGUAUUAGUGGCAUGGUUGGAGUUGCAAGCGGAUUUGUGUCCCCAAUCGUUGUUGGAUUGCUAACCUUGAAUAAUCAAACAGCAAAGCAAUGGGAAUAUGUAUUUUUAAUCACCGCUGGCAUGUUAAUCAUCUCAGGAGUUCUUUACUGCCUUUUCGCGGACUCAAAAUUACAAAGCUGGAACUCUCCUGCAGAAAAACCCGAUGUCGAAAUGGAAUAUUUGAACAAUACCCCGAAAAAUGUACUUAAAAAUGACGACACGAAAAAAGAAGAAGCCUUAAAUGGCACCGAGCCCAAACAAACUUUAGCUGUGCCUAUUUUACUUAUCGAAGAAGUAGCUGACCGCAUUAGCGACAGUGACGAGCAAUAAAUUUUCCGUAGUCCCAAAUAAAAAUCAGUAUUAUAAUCUGUAAAAAAAUAUUUAUUUCUUAAUUUUUUAGAAAUAUUUUUAAUCAAAAU